AUGUUUUCCAAUAAGAAUCUGUGGUAUUAUAUGGACCAGUAUUGGGACGAUAUCGGCGACCCCCGAGUCAAUCACUGCGUCGGCGCCUAUUAUUCCGUUAGAGCCAUAGAUUACGGCCGAAUAUUCCUAGAUUUUACCUAUCCGUCACGUGAUGACCGGUCAGAAUGGACCAUGUUCUUGUUGGAUUUAGGUUGGUGCUGGAUGUUGACCAGAUUCCUGGACCUGAUGGACACUGUAUUCUUUGUGUUACGUAAAAAGGACUCGCAAAUCACCACGUUGCACCUGUACCACCACACUGUGGUGCCCAUACUUGGUUGGGUAUCAUUCAAAUAUAACGCUAUGAUACCGAUUAUACGGAUGUUCCUGUUGUUUAACUCGUUCAUUCACGUAAUGAUGUACGGGUAUUACGCGUUGGCCAAUAUGGGGCCAAAAGUGCAACGAUAUCUGUGGUGGAAACGGUACAUAACUCAGUGCCAAAUCGCACAGUUCCUGGUGUGCGGCGCUUACGGUGCGGUCCUUUACUAUCUGCAAACCGGUUAUCCUAUGGAGUGGUUUGGGUUCGCUGUCGGACAGAAUCCACUCUUUUUCUACAUGUUUUACGACUUCUAUAGACAGGCCUAUAAAAAGAGCCCUAAAUCGAUGGCUAAAGACAUGCGAUAUAAUAACUAUAAUAUUAUUGAUUACAAUGCGGACAAAUGGUCUCUGGAUUGGACACAAUUCCCGGGUUUGGCGUACAUUCCCGGUGUAACCGAAUGGGAAGACUAUAUGUUUCGUACUCUAAACGCCGAUUCUCUACACGAAUUCAUGCAAAAGAAAUGGUAUUAUUCGGUGUAUAUAUCGAUCGGUUAUAUCGUUUUAAUACCAAUAAUAAAACAAUGGAUGAAAAGUCGCGGAAAGCCAUACAAUUUGCGGACAUUAUUGACGUUUUGGAACUCAUUUUUGGCCAUAUUUUCCAUUAUAGGAGUCAUAAGAUGUUUACCAGAAUUCAUACACAUAUUACGUACGAAAGGGUUUGAGGCGUCCUAUUGUCAGUCGGAUUACUAUAAAGAUAGUCGUCUCAACUGGUGGUACAUCCUAUUUGUAUGGAGCAAAGUGGUCGAACUGGUGGACACCUUGUUCAUUUUGCUCCGGGGUGGCAAACUGCUAACCCUGCAUUGGGUACACCACUGUCUAACGUUGAUCUAUUCGUGGUACGUGUUCGGUGACGUACCCGCCACAGCCCGUUGGAUGGUAUGCAUGAAUUUCAUCGCCCACUCCCUUAUGUACACGUAUUACGCGCUGAAAGCGAUGCGAAUAUCCAUACCGUUAGUGAUCAGUAUUGGCAUCACUUUAAUACAAAUCCUACAAAUGGUUUUCGGUCUUUACAUUAAUUACACUGUCAUUGAGUACAAGAACAGUGGCGUCGCCUGCGAUGCCUCGCCAUCAGUGGUCACAUCGGGUCUGGCCUUAUAUACACUGUUUUUG